GGAGGAGGAAAGAGACAACUAGGAGGAGGAGACUCCAGGAAGGCCAUGCGCCUACUGAGACUGCUGCGGCUGCCGAAACCUCUGCCGGCGCCGAGGCCCAGGCCGAGGCCGCUGCUACUGGGCUCCGAGGCCGAGCGUUCGUGGCAGUUACCGCCUCCAAACCUGCUGUCUGUGGUGUUACCGCCGCACCGAGCCAUGAGCCAGUACAUCACAGAAGAGCAGGGCAGGCCGCACUCCCCCCAAUACCGCCUCUACUUCAAGAAUGUAGCUGGUCACUACAUCUCUCCCUUUCAUGACAUUCCUCUGAAGCCUGAAUCUAAAGAGGAAAAUGGCAUUCCUACCAAGAAAGCUCGGAUCAGGGAGCAUGAGAAAAUAUUUAAUAUGGUUGUAGAAAUACCUCGUUGGACAAAUGCUAAAAUGGAGAUUGACACCAAGGAGCCAUUGAAUCCCAUUAAACAAGAUAUAAAGAAAGGCAAGCUGCGUUAUGUGGCAAAUAUCUUCCCUCACAAGGGUUUUAUAUGGAAUUAUGGGGCCCUCCCUCAGACUUGGGAAGACCCUCAUCACGUAGACUCCAUCACCAAGUGCCAUGGCGAUAAUGAUCCCCUUGACGUUUGUGAAAUAGGCUCCAAGGUUUAUGCUCCUGGUGACAUUAUCCAGGUGAAGAUUCUUGGAAUUUUGGCUCUUAUUGAUGGAGAUGAGACAGAUUGGAAGUUAAUUGCUAUUAGCGUGGAUGACCCAGAAGCUUCCAAAUUCCAUAGUAUUGAUGAUGUGAGGAAGUAUAAACCAAAUUACCUUGAGGCAACAGUUGACUGGUUCAGAUUUUACAAAGUGCCAGAUGGGAAACCAGAAAAUACAUUUGGUUUUAAUGGAGAGUUUAAAGACAAGGAUUUUGCUCAUGAAGUUAUCGAAUCUACCCACAAAUGUUGGAAAGCUUUGCUUCACAAAGAAGUUGAUCAAGGAGGUAUAAAAUGUGUCAAUGUGAAGAUAAGUGACAGCCCUUUCUGUUGUAGUGAAGAGGAAGCCAGAUCCAUAGUGAAGAAGGCAUCAGCUUCUAUGAAUGAAGAUUUCGAUUCCCAAGAAGAUGAAGAUAUCAACAAGUGGCAUUUUAUUAAGAAGUGAUGGAAGUGGAUAGGGCCACAGACAAGUUCUCGCAACAGUUACUGCCUCUGUCAUGAAGCUUUGCUUUUUUUUAAAUGUCUCACAGUAAACCAUAUACAAAUAAACACUGGAUUCCCAAA